AUGGCCGCCGUCUCGCCUCCGCCUCCGCCCCUGCUCCUCGGUCUCUCGGGCCUCUCCAACAGCGGCAAAACGACGCUGUCGCGCCUGCUGCGCCGCGUCUUCCCGGACAGCUUCAUUCUGCACCAAGACGACUUCUUCGUCGCCGAGAGCGACCUCCCCGUCGUCGACGGCGACGUGGACUACGACUGUAUUGAGAGCAUAGACUUCGUGGGGCUCAAGAAGGCGCUGGGCUACGUGGGGAGCAUGGAGAGCUGCCGGGGGACCUGGGCGCCGUAUGAUAAGGCAAAGCAGAGGAGAGAGGCUAGGACUGGAUAUGUCACUAUCGAAGGUUUCUGGGAAGACCCGCCAGGUUAUUUCGAUAAGAUCGUAUGGCCAAACUAUGUGAAAGCUCACAAGCACCUCUUCAUUGACGGAGAUGUAUCAGGUACCCUUGACCCCGAAGGAAUGAAGGCAAAGAACAUCGUAUCGCCGCCAGAGGUCGAUAUGCACAUGAGUAAGAUCCUGCCCUGGGCCGUGGAUGUUAUCCUCGAUGCAGUAAAACGUAAGGAAGCCUAG